AUGGCGCCCAUACACAAAGUAGCCGUUAUACAAUGGCAUAUCAAAAACCUUGACCCGGAAUAUAAUCACUCUAAGGCCAUUCAAUUCAUUACAUCUGCCGCUUCCAAUGGCGCAACUCUUGCUGUUCUUCCGGAAUACCAUCUCUGCGGCUGGGCACCAGAAUCACCCGAAUUCUACACACAAGCGCUCAGAAACCAACCCUACCUCAAAUCCUAUUGCCAACUAGCCAAAGCCCUCCACAUCAACAUCGUUCCAGGAACAAUCAUCGAAGCCGAACGAAAAGAUACCUCCACAGACCAGCACACGCUCUACAACACAGCGUAUUUCAUUUCCUCAUCUGGGGAAAUCCUCGGCAAAUACAGGAAAAAGAACAUAUGGCAUCCUGAACGACCACAUUUAACCUCCAGCGGCGCAGAUCCGCACGAAGUUAUACAAACCGGAGUGGGUAAAGUCGGGAUGUUGAUAUGUUGGGAUUUGGCGUUUCCAGAAGCGUUUCGAGAAUUGAUUUCGAAGGGUGCUGAGAUUAUUAUUAUUCCUACUUACUGGGGCAAACACGACGCCAACGAAGAAGCCCUAAAACUCAACCCAAACAGCGAACAACUCUUCAUCGACUCCACACUCACAUCCCGCUGCUUCGAAAAUACAUGCGCCAUCAUAUUCGCCAACGCCGCUGGUCCCGCGGAUUUCUAUCUAGGGUCGUCGCGUGUCGUGCUCCCUUUUAUUGGUGCAGUGGGUGGUAAGACUAUGGGUGCUGAGGAGGAAGGGGUAAUGGUUGUAGAGUUGGAUUUAUCGGUGCUAGCACUGGCGGAGGAGAACUAUAAGGUUAGACAGGAUAUGGCGUCUGAGGGGUGGUACUAUAGUUAUCGACACACGGUUGAUAAGAGACCUGCUGAGACUGCUUAA